CAACUUUAAAAAGGAUUUACAAUUAUGUAAAAAUUAUUGUGAACACAAAAAUAAUAAACCGACCUAAAACACCCAAUCUAAUAUCAAUCCGAUAAUCUGAAUGAACACCUCUUUUUGCUAAAAAAAAAAAAAAAGCUUCACGCCUUCACCUAAUAACUAAACACAAGUCAAUUUGUAACCCAUACGCAGACGCAACCCAAUUUAACAAAAAAUUUUAGCCUUCUCUUCAACCCUUAAUUUAAUUAAUUAAUUAAAUAAUCCAGUCGCCAUCUCUCUACAGUAGUAGCUUUCUUAAGUUCUUAACGUCUUUCGCCUCCAUCCGCUGCUGCAAAAGACGAACAAUUGAAAUACACUCUGAAAUUUCGUCUUCCCUUUUUCUUCAGAUUCUCUUUCUCGUUUUUUCUCUCUUUUCGCAGGAACACAUACUAUUACUUCUACUGUAGAGAUGACUCUUUCUAUAGUUCAGGGUUUUACCAAAUCAUUGGCCAUGACUAUACUCUCUGAGAUCGGUGACAAGACCUUCAUUGCUGCUGCGAUCUUAGCCAUGCGUCAUCCAAGAAGACUUGUCCUUACUGGAUGUCUUUCAGCUCUGAUUGUGAUGACCAUUCUCUCUGUUGUUGUUGGAUGGGCUGCUCCUAAUUUGAUAUCUCGUAAGUUGACUCAUCAUGUUGCAACGUUUUUGUUCUUUGGGUUUGGAUUGUGGUCACUAUGGGAUGCAUUUAAAGAUGAAGGGGAUGCUGGAGAGUUGGCUGAAGUUGAGAAGCAGCUGGAUGCUGAUUUCAAGGGCACCGCAGCAACAGAUAACAAGGAUCAUGAUGAAAAGAAGAAAACAAUGAGGCCCUUUCUUGCACAAUUUUUCUCACCAAUCCUUUUGCAGGCAUUCUCUAUUACGUUUUUUGGUGAAUGGGGUGAUAAGAGCCAGAUAGCUACCAUUGGUUUAGCUGCCGAUGAGAACCCAUUCGGUGUUGUUCUCGGUGGAAUUCUAGGACAAACAUUGUGCACCACAGCUGCUGUCAUGGGUGGAAAGAGCUUGGCAUCUCAAAUAUCCGAGAAAAUGGUUGCCCUUUUUGGUGGGGUUCUUUUUAUUAUUUUUGGGAUUCAGUCCUUCCUUUCUCCUGUCAACUAAUCUGCUAUAAAAAUUCUCUCAAGCGACAGGUGGUUGGCGGAAGCUUAAAACUGAUCCAACAAUAACAUUGCUGCAUUCUAUUCAGAUUUAAGGGAAAUGAUAGAAAUUCAGGGGAGCAAGAAGACUCUUGUUAAAUGACAAGAAGCUACUUGCUGCUUGGCAGCUAUAUUUGUGAAGUUUUUGCAACACAUUUUUGCUGGAUGUUAUUUAGUAAAGAACUGCAUUUUUAGAUUUUACACAUUCUUAUGUCCUAGAAUUGCGCUAAUGUCAACUUAUUCUGUAUGAAACAUCAUAGACCCAAGUUAAUCUUACUGGGGCAAGUUGCUCGAAUUAAAUGAACUUAUGGACAUGGCUGCACAAAUAAUUCAACUUGUUUAUUGUUUCAUUUGUAAUAAAAAGAGCUGUUAUAGUUCUGAAUAUGAAGAAGUAGCAAAUUUGAAUGUAUGGUAUCCUGGAUUAUGUUGAUAA